AUGUCUAAUCGUUGGCCCUUACGUCAACUUGAUGUCAAGAAUGCCUUUCUUAAUGGUGUUCUUUGUGAAGAUAUUUAUAUGGAACAACCUCUCAGCUAUGUUGAUCCUCGACAUCUUCUUCAUGUGUGCAAAUUAAAAAAGGCUCUCUAUGGCUUGAAACAAGCUUCACGGGCCUGGUUUGAUCAUUUCAGUACAUUUCUCUCACAAAUUGAAUUCUCUUGCCGCCAUGCUGAUACGUCCCUCUUUAUCUUCAGCAGGAAAGCUGAUCUCAUCUACUUGUUGCUCUAUGUUAAUGACAUCAUUAUUACAGGGAAUAAUUCAGCACUUCUCAACCGAUUCAUUCAGCAGCUGCACGCGGAAUUUGCCCUCACGGACUUAGGCUCCUUAAGCUAUUUUCUUGGCCUUGAGGUUUCCUCUCUUCCGGAUGGACUCUUUCUCAGUCAAACUAAGUAUGCUCAUGACAUUCUUGCUCGUACUCAAUUACUUGACUGUAAGUCUGUUGCUACACCAAUGAUUGUGUCUCAGCACCUCUCCUCUGAUGGUGGACCCUUCUCAGAUCCCACUCUUUAUUGCUCUUUAGUUGGUGCCUUACAAUAUUUGACCAUCACGCGCCCUGAUCUUGCUCAGUCUGUCAAUUCCAUCAGUCGAUUUCUUCAUGCUCCCACUGAAGAACAUUUUCAAGCCGUCAAGCGUAUCUUGUGCUAUGUCAAGGGCACUCUUCACUUUGGCUUAACCUUUUUUGCAUCGCCAUCUACUGGUCUCUUGGCCUAUUCUGACGCCGACUGGGCAGGGUGUCCUAAUACUCGGCGUUCCACCUCUGGUUAUUCCAUUUAUCUUGGGGACAAUCUUGUCUCCUGGAGUGCCAAAAAGCAGCCUACAGUUUCCCGCUCCAGUUGCAAAUCCGAGUACCGUGCUCUCGCUUUUAUUGCUGCUGAGGUUCUAUAG